AUGUGGCCAUUCUCCUCCGGUCCAGCUUUCACCCCGGCAACGGGCAUCAAACCUCUUGCGGGUAAAGUCAUCCUCGUCACUGGAGGCAACAAUGGGAUUGGCAAGGAAACCAUCCUCCAGCUAGCCAAACACAACCCACAGAAAAUAUAUAUGGGUGCCCGAACCGAGUCCAAAGCACUCGAAGCUAUUGCCUCGAUCAAGUCUCAAGGCGUCAAAGACGUCGACAUCGAAUUUCUUCCGCUCGAUCUCACAUCGUUCCCUUCCAUCAAAUCGGCCGCCGACCAGGUCCUUAGCAAAAGCGACCGACUCGACAUUCUAGUCCUCAAUGCCGGCAUCAUGGCAGUCCCAGCCGGUAAAACACCAACGGGCCAAGACGUUCAACUUGGAACCAACCACGUCGGCCACUUCCUCCUCACCAAACUCCUACUCCCAGUCCUGGAGCAGACCGCGAAACAGCACAACUCAGACGUGCGCAUCGUCUCUUUAGCCUCCGAAGCCCAUAACAUGGCGCCCAACAUUUCAACAAUCGUCUCUACCGAAAAACUGACCGCCACAAGUCCUUGGACGCGUUACGGCGCUUCCAAAGCCGCCAACGUCAUGUUCGCAGCCGAGCUCGCCCGUCGCUAUCCGGCAUUCACGAGCGUCUCGCUUCAUCCAGGCAUGAUCAAGAGCGAUCUAUGGGGUGCAAGCACCGAGUCCAAUCCCCUCUUGAAGUACGGAAAGGCUCUCGUCGGCCCCUUGAUGUUUGUCGACGUCCCAACCGGUGCUUUCAACCAGUUGUACCUUGCUGCGGGUGCUGAGAAGUCGGAGCUUGUCAAUGGUGCUUAUUACACACCUGUCGGGAAAGCGAGGAAUAACAAGUGGGCUUCUGACGCUGAUGUUGGAAAACAAUUAUGGGAGUGGACUGAGAAGGAGAUUGCGGCUGCUGGCUAUUAA